GAUGGCCAGAUAUGCGCUCAGUUUGCAGGAAAGAACUUUCGAUGGAAUAAUCCUACAACAGACCUAAUGCUCACCCUAACCCAUGCUCAAUGCUUGCCAGCGGAACACCCCAAACCCCUUUCCUGUUACAAAACCCACAGCCCGAUGAUGCGAAAUGAUGACCUUUUUCAGGUGGUAUCGACCAAAAAACCCCAUUCCUGGAAACGACCCACCCAUCCAGUAAACCCAUUGCAUAAUCCAGGAGAAGCGAAAGAGAUGAACCCGCAUGUAAACAACAAACUAGUUGAAAGAGUGAAACAAAUUAGAAGUUAAUCAGAGUGGUCCGAGCCCUGGUCUGUAUGCUUCUUGUAAAAAGCACAUGUGCCCAGAGUACGUGCACCAUGUCUCCCCUUCUAACGAGAAAUUCUAGGAUGCUUUUAGAGCCCCUGGCACCGUCUUUUUUGUGAGAAAAGUCGAAAAGCCCUGGACCG